AUGGCUUACGCUCCAUUACCUGCUCUUGAUGAUUUAUCUAAUCGUGAAUGGAAUGAAUUAACUUCAAAUCUAGAAAAAACAAUUAAUUUAUGUCAACAAUUAGGUUUAUUACAUGUGUAUCCUACUAAACCAUGUCCAAAAAUGCACAACAACUGGUAUUUAGGUGCUUGUUCAACAGCACUCGACGAAUGCAAGUGGCGUUGUCGAACAUGUAAGUCUUCUCGUUCUUUGCGAAAAGAUACUUUUUUUGAAGAUAGUCGACUAACAUUACAACAAAUAUUGGAUUUAAUGAUGUAUUGGUGUCAAGGAUUAGAUUCUCAUAAAUUUAUUAGAAGAAAUAUUCAAAUAUUAGGUGAUGCAACUAUCGUUGAUUGGAAAAAUUUUAUGCGAGAUUUAUGUUUGGAAUAUUUUAUUCGUAAUUCUGUAGUUAUUGGUGGGGUUAAUCAUGUGGUGGAAAUCGACGAAAGUGCAUGGACCAAACGAAAGUAUCAUCGAGGUCGACGGGUAGGUACUCAGUGGGUAUUUGGCGGUAUAGAUCGAGAUACUCGUGAAUGUUUUGCUGUACUUGUAGGUCGUCGUGAUCCACCCACAUUAAUACCACUGAUUCAUCAAUUUAUUUUACCUGGUACGACAAUCUACAGUGAUAGAUGGCCUGCUUAUAAUUUAAUUAAUAAUGAAAUUUAUGGUCCUAAACGUUAUAUUCGUCAAACAGUGAACCAUUCUGUUAAUUUCGUCGAUCCAAUAACAGGGACUAAAAUCUCUUCAAAUUCAUCCGAUAGAAUUUCUCGUUUAAGUAAUCUUCCAUCAAUUAAUUUAAAUUUAAAUGAUAAUAUUGGUUCAUGUACAAUAACAUUAAUAACAUCUCCGUUACAUUUUUUUUUCAAUUAA